AUGGCUUUCCACAGUGGCGACGCCCUGCCCGAUCUUGGCGGCAUCAAGCAGGAGUUGGCAAUGAUUCGCCGACAGCUGUCUUCCAUCUUGGACGUCCAGCAUGAACUGCAGUCAGUACUACAUCAGGUUGGGAGCGACGUCUCCAACUUCCUAGUCAGCCAUCAUGGUCAUAGUCGCGACGGAAAGGCAAAAGCCGUCCGGCCCAAAGGCGGCCUCCGGCAUGGUCCGACAAUGACUCACGGCGUGAGCAGUGCUGUCGAGCAAGAAGGCGUCGAGGACGAGGUAGAUGAUCGAGAGUCCGUCGAGGAUGCAGAGGAGAACACGAAGCCCAGUUUUGGGUUGUUCUCCUUGAAACAAGUGCACGACAGAAUGAACGUCAGACAAUCCAUCCUGGUGAAGGAUGGUGAGGAGGCUGUGACGUGGUCUCCUGAAGAUGAGAUGAGACACAAUCUGAAGAUCAUGUUCGAGAAAGCCGAGAUGGUCAUGCAGCAGGAGCUCAAGCUCAAGAUGGCCAAAAGAGACCGAUUUCGAUAUUGGUAUGAUCAGAUGUGGCAGAUUUGGAAAUCGAAUGAACGCUUCUCUAUGGCGUUGGACGUGUUCGUGAGCAUCACCAUUUGCCUCAAUGCGGCAUUCCUUGGCGUGAGCAUGGACUGGUCUGAUGGAACAUUACCAUGGAUCGUUGCCAACCUGGUGUUUUCCACCAUCUUCCUUCUUGAAAUUGUGUUUAAGGUCUACAUGAAUGGAUUUCGUGGACAUUUCUGCACCGGCACGCCAUGGAUGAAUUGCUUCGACAGCUUUAUCAUUCUGGUUGACUUCGUGCAGGUGUGGAUGGAGCUAACGAUGGGCUCGGCCAUGAUGGAAGACACACCAUCCGCCUCGCUGUUCCGAAUGAUUCGUCUCCUCCGUCUUACGCGUAUCUUGCGAGCAGCUGGGCAAAGAAGGCUUUGCUCAAGUUUUCGUCUUGGCAGGUCAAGGUAA